GCCGCUGCUGCCCGGCCGCGGCCCCGCGCGGCCCACAUGGCGCGGCGCCCCGAGCUGCUGUGCGGCGCUGCCAUCGUGCUGGGCUGCGCCUUCCUCGUGGCCCUCAAAGUCACCUGCAGGAUGCUGUUACCUAAAAUACAAGUGUUAAAAGAGGAUGAGGCCAGGGAAGAAAUCCAAAGAAAUCACUCUUCCUGCCGAGCAAAAGAUGUAACAAUGCCAGCAAAGCUUCCGGUGAAUUUCUUCUCUACAAGAUCUCCAGUCAUUGAUCUUUUUCGGGGACAGUUAGAUUAUGCAGAUCACCUUCGUCAGGAUUCGGAAAUUGCGCUGUAUUUCUUCUAUGCACCGUGGUGUGGCCAGUCCAUUGCAGCAAGAGAAGAAAUAGAGCAUGUGGCCAGCAGAUUGUCAGACCAGGUGCUAUUUAUGGCUGUUAAUUGCUGGUGGAACCAAGGGAAAUGCAGGAAACAGAAGCAUUUCUUUUAUUUUCCCGUAAUACACUUAUACCAUCGGAGUUUUGGACCAAUUGAAUACAAAGGCCCUAUGAGUGCUGUUUAUAUUGAAAAGUUUGUUCGCCGGGUGAUGACACCACUACUCUACAUCUCGUCUCGAUCAAAAUUACUAGAUUUCCUCUCAAAUUAUGAGCCUGGAGUUCUGGGAUAUUUUGAAUUCAAUGCUUCACCUCAGCCUCCUGGUUACCUAACAUUCUUCACAUCAGCAUUACAUUCAUUAAAGAAAGAUUACCUUGGAACAAUACGCUUUGGAGUGAUCACAGAUAAACGUGUUGCAGAGGAGAUCUCGUUGGUGCAUUCAGGCAGUGUGUAUUUGCACAGACAUGUGAACACGUCUCUUAUUUAUCCAAAUGACGUCAUGAACUAUACGGCUGAGAACAUUUGCAAAUGGGCUCUAGAAAACCGAGAGAUGCUCAUAAGCUGGCUGAGACCGCAUGGUGGAAAAAGCCUUCUUUUAAACAAUGAGUUGAAGAAAGGACCAGCACUUCUCAUAUUUAUACCUUACAAUCCUUUAGCAGAAAUUCACCCUCUUUUAGAUGAAAUUACCAAAGUGGCCUUGGAAUACCACAACUGUAAUAAAAGCCAGGCAGCUGAACCAGUCCUUCAACACUUAGGAGAGGCUGAUUCACCAGCUUUUGAUUCCCGUGUACCAGAUACACAUACAGAAUUGUCGGAAACAUUUUCAAUAACAAAGUACCCGUGCUGUAACACAGUGGUGCUUCCUCAGUGGCAUUCAAUAUCUAGAACUCACAAUGUCUGUGAGCUUUGCAUUAACCAGACACUUGGUGUCAAACCAAAUAAAGUCAAUGUGCCACAUUGCAACUUCUUAGAGAUAGAAGCGGCUUUGGACUCUUUCUACCUCCAGGAGCAUACCUUUUUUCAAGUUAUAUCAAAUACCAUAGAAUGCAGCAAUUUCUUAAGUUUCUAUAGUCCCUUUAGCUAUUACACUGCAUGUUGCAGGACAGUAAAUAGGCAUUUUUUAAGUUUUAUUAGUUCUGAGAAGACCAUCUUUCAGACCCCUAAAGUAGCAUUUUCUUCCCAUGGGAAGAAAGAUAAGGAUGAUGCCCAAAAUUCUAUUUCUCAUAUUGAGGAUAGGAAUUGUUUUAUUUCUGACCUUAAUGAUAAUGGCGCUAACAUUACUGGUCUGAGCUGCAGGACCAACAAAACCUUGAAUCUUUAUCUAGUGGAUUCAAAUCUUUUUUGGAUAUACGCAGAGAGAUUAGGAGCAUCAAGAUCUACUCAUCUUAAGGAAUUUGCUGCCAUUGUUGACCUGAAAGAAGAAGUGCACUAUGUCCUGGAUCAGAAUCAAUCACUUCUUGGAUCUACUUUGGAGAACUUCAUAAAAAAUUUCAGCAUUCUCUACAGUCCCUUGAAAAGGCAUCUAGUUGAUGACUCUUCAGUCCAUUUUCAUGCACAACGCAUAAUCACUGAAGUGACUACUAAUACCUUCCAUGAUAUUGUGUUUUUGAAUGAAAAGAAUGUUUUGCUGCUUUAUUAUGCACAAUGGUGUGGAUUCUGUGCUUCUCUUAAUCACAUCUUCAUUCAGCUUGCUCGGCUUUUGCCUGCAGAUAAUUUCACUGUGGCAAGAAUUGAUACUACUCGAAAUGACCUUCCGUGGGAAUUUAUGACAGACCGCCUUCCAACCAUUUUAUUUUUUCCUCACCAGAGGAAGGAGCAGAGUGUGAAGUUCCCUGAAGACUUUCCAGUUAACCUUCCUAAUCUCCUUAAGUUUAUUUUACAUUACUCAAGCCUCUCUUCUUCAUCAGACCUCUGUACCAAAGAAUGCCUGCAUAAAGAGACAGUGUUACAGCAAGGACAUAUCUCCCACUUAGAGAGAGAAAUUCAGAAGUUAAGAUCAGAAAUUAGUGCCCUACAUCAGGCUCAUGACAAGCUUGAAGAACAGCUUUCUGAAGCUAGGAGAGAGGAACAAAGACUGCAGCAGCAAAAACAUAUGCUGGAAAAGCAGCACAAAACCCUGCAGCUCCACAGUGAGCAGUUACAGUCCACAUAUGACCAGAAGAAUCAAGAAUUACUAGCAAUGGCUGAAAAGCUUCAAGAAUUAGCUGAUGCAUCAGAAAACCUCCUGAAGGAGAAUACUUUGCUGAGAAUCUUGGUAGCAUCAAAGGAAGGAAAACUACAGCUAAAAGAUGAAACUAAAGAACCUGUUCAAUCAGAGCAAACACCUUUUGAUGACAACGAUGCAUCAGUUUCAACAGCUGCCACAACAUUAGUGGAAAAAAAAAUUAAUAAUAUUGAUACUAUAGAGACAGAGCACAGUAGUGAAAACAGGACAGGAUGAUUGCUAACAAAGUCAAAUAACAAGGUAUUGGGAAGGUAUUUAUGCAAAUUUUAUUGAAAUUCAUUGUAAAUAAAGACUUUUCUCCCAAAUGAUCUAGAAAAAAAAAAUCAAAUGAAAUAUUUUUGUAUAAGUUGAACAACUUACUAAAUACUCGCAUCUAAAUAGAGGAGGAGUAUGGAAAACACACCCUGCACUUUACUAUUGCACUAACUUGCAAACACCUAUCCAUUUUACCUAAAGAUGCUUCCCCCCCCUCCUUUUUUUUUUUUUUUUUUUUUUUUUUUUUUUUUUUUAAAGGGGGCAGCACUGUGAAGCACCUCUGAUUAAGGGCCAGUCAUUUUUCACUGGCUCUCUCUUACAGCUGCUGGAGGAGAUGUUAGUUUAGGACCUCUGAUUUAUAUUUUUCUGGUAAUUUACCAAAUUUGCCCUCUACAGUCUGCAUUUUGUUUGCAGAAAUAAAAUGGAGAUGUUUCAUCUGUGUAA